AUGAAUCCCUUUCCAUCACCGAACAAACCGACCAUCUCAAGGCUUCAUCAAAAUCAAAAUACUUCUACUUGGUUGCUGCCUCCUUUGACAGUGGCUGAUCAAACCAAGAAGUGCCUUGUACUUGAUUUAGACGAAACAUUGGUUCACAGUUCAUUCAAGGUCAUUCCCAACCCAGACUUUGUUGUACCUGUCGAGAUUGAUAAUCAGUUCCACAAUGUGUAUGUGCUCAAACGACCCGGUGUAGAUGAGUUUAUGCGCCGAAUGGGAGAAAUAUACGAGAUCGUUGUCUUUACUGCUAGUUUGUCAAAGUACGCUGAUCCCGUUCUUGAUAUUCUCGACAUUCACAAGGUCGUAACUCAUCGACUGUUCAGAGAAUCUUGCUUUAACCACAGGGGUACUUAUGUCAAGGAUUUGUCCCAGUUGGGUAGAGAUUUGGAAAGCACAAUGAUCCUUGAUAAUUCGCCUGCCAGCUAUAUCUUCCACAAUGCCAAUGCUGUGCCUGUAUCAACAUGGUUUAAUGAUCCUCACGACACAGAAUUGACUGAUCUGGUCGCCUUUUUAGAGGAUUUGACAAGUGUUCAGGAUGUAACUCUGGUGCUGGAUAGUACAGUAGAACCGAUUUCUGUUUAA